UUCCCUAUUUCUUCGUUGACAUCCACCUUUUUUAUAACGCCACUCUCUCCUGAUUCCUCUCCUUCUCUCUCUCUCUGGGUGCUAUUUUGAUUUUUGUGGCUUCGAUUCAGCCUUUGUAGUUUCUAUCAUCUUGGUUUUCAGUGCUCACUGCCUCCCUGAAUACCCGAAAGAUUCCCAGCAACCAACGGCAUGCAUCCUCAACCUAACUUCACUUGAAAACACCUUCAAAAAGCGUUGAUGGUGAUAGUUUAGUCAUUGUCAUUCCAUUUCUUUCCUUAUACUUCUUUUGGCAUCUUCUUUUUUUUCUUCAUCUUGUAAUUUUUUUUCUUCGCUGGUCACCAUCUGGGUCUUUUUCCCACUUUUUCGCUCCAUUCCAAUCCGCACUUUUCUAUCCUUUCCUCUGAAAAGAAAGCAAACAACAAAGGAAAGGAGAGGUUUACAAUGACUGACACUUUGUCUGAUUUCCUCGAAGAUCCUGAAUUUGGCGACACUACCUUAGAUGGAGACGAUCUCUUCGCUAUUUUUGAGAGCUUAGAUAGAGCAACCGAGUUCUCUCCAUUUACACCACUGGAUGAAGUUGCUGUUAGCUCAAAAGAAAGUGAAGAAGCGACGAGGCUGGUGUCUCAGAAGUCUACAUCUUCUAGUGCUCCGCUGGAAUCUGAGACUGAGCUCGAAACUUCACCAAAGAACAAGAGACAGAAGACUAUUGUUUCCUCAGAGGAAAUGGUAAACCCAGAUGGCCAACAAAGGAUGUCUCAUAUUACAGUGGAGCGCAACCGGAGAAAACAAAUGAACGAGCAUUUGUCUGUUUUAAGAUCACUCAUGCCUUGCUUCUACGUCAAGAGAGGAGACCAAGCAUCAAUCAUUGGAGGUGUUGUUGAUUACAUCAACGAAUUGCAGCAAGUUCUACAAUCCCUUGAGGCCAAGAAGCAAAGAAAAGUUUACAGUGAAGUACUUAGCCCUAGGCUAGUAUCAAGUCCAAGACCCUCACCCCUUAGCCCUAGAAAACCACCAGUGCGAAGUCCGAGACUCAACUUACCUAUAAGCCCAAGAACCCCACAACCAGGUAGUCCCUACAGACCUAGGUUGCAGCAAGGCUACCUCUCCCCCACCAUUGCCAGUCCUCUCGAGCCAUCUCCUACUUCGUCUUCUUCCUCCAUAAAUGACAAUAUCAACGAACUGGUUGCAAAUUCCAAGUCUGCCAUUGCCGAUGUGGAGGUUAAGUUCUCUGGGCCAAACCUCCUAUUGAAAACAGUAUCUCCCAGGAUUCCUGGUCAAGCUGUGAAGAUAAUUUCUGCCCUGGAAGACCUCUCCCUCGAGAUCCUACAUGUGAGCAUCAACUCUUUAGAUGAGACCAUGCUUAACUCCUUCACUAUCAAGAUUGGAAUUGAAUGCCAGCUUAGUGCAGAGGAGCUCGCUCAACAAGUCCAGCAAACAUUCUGCCAAUAGUAUGUUAUCCUAAAGUAAUAAAGCAAAAGAGGAAGGCAUUUUGCCAGCAUUCCUUAUUAACAAAUGCAAUUGUAGAUCAGUCUCAUGACCUGUAGUAAGUAGUUAGCUAGCUAGCUAGGGUAACAUACACUUUGUGAUUCAGCAUUCUUAUCCGGGUGCCAUUAUUAUAAGCUCAAACUCAUAUGAAGACGAUGUUUAUGAUCAUUAUAUUAAAUAUUUGCAUUUAAAUUUGUGUGCUUAUUUAACUUUACAUACACAAAUUUUGAUACAAAUAUUUAAUAUAGUAAUUAUAAAACUCGUUAUCAUAUGAAAUGAAGUUUAUACUAAAAACACCCUUCUUUGUUUCUCAUAUUUUAAUUUGAAUUAAUGUAUGAAUUCAAUUUUUAAUUUUUCGAUUCUAAGUUAUUUUCUUUC